AUAACGGUAAUAGUAGUGGUAGCAAUAAGUCUUCUACUAGCAUUAGCAUUUGGAACUGCCGCUCUUGCAUUUUGUGGGAAGAAUCUUGUUGCAGGAAAGCGAUCCACUCGAUCAAGUACACCUAUACUCGCUUUUUUAUCACUAACGCUAUGCAUACUGAUCACUAUCGCAGGAAUAUAUUGUCUCAUUCAAAGUGCAAUGGCUAUCGGGAGUGGAUAUAGUACAGUUGAUGAGGAUGUCGCAAAUUCUUACACAAGUAUCGAAGAAUUUAUUAUAAACUCCUCUUCGACAACUUUAUGCCGUUUCAAUUUGAAAAGACCGGAACUUGAUCAGCGCAUUCAGUAUAUCAUCUCUAACGUUACUCGUACUUUAAAUGAGUAUCGAACAAAUUUUACCCAAGGCAACAUCAGCAGCAUACUAACAUUCAAACAAAAAUUACUAGGAAGUCUUCAGCAAAUGGAAAAUCUUCUCGAAAAAUCACCAUUGAAGCGGCUUCACGAAUUAGCAUCAACAAUCAAGAAUGUGAAGAGCACGGUAGAUGAUUGGAAUCCGAAGCCAAAUGAUGUCGCUGAUGUGGAAGAAAUUUCAAAAGUUUUGGUAGCUGAGCUCUCAAACAUAGAGAACUACAUUGAUGCGCAGAGAAUGGAAAUAAAAAAGAACAUGGACUCAUAUCCCAAGCAUGUCAACAAAACUUUUAAAGGGAUCUUAAAGGAAAUGCAAGAAUUCAAAAGUGCUGCUACAUUGGUACAGAACUCAAACGAUUUCACAGCUUCGCCUAUAUUCAGUAACGCACUCGCAUUUCUCUUUAUACCAAUACUCCAACUUUUUAUUGCAAUUUUUGCUGUAGUGGUACUAGUGAACAGGUGCAAAACUAAGACUCCAACAUGUGCGAAAACUCUGAACGCUGCUGGACUGGGUGCUAUAGUAGUUCUGGCUCUUCUAUUCCUAUUAUUUGCGUAA